UAGACGGUCGGUGCUGCACUGUGGUGUCUGUCGAGGGGUCGGGUCUUGUCUGCUUUCCUUCUGCCUGUUUUUGUCUCAGGAUUGAGCCCAUGGCGGUCAGCAGCUCGUUAAUGGUGCUGUAUCUGCUGAUUGUGUUGGCAGUGACUGAAUCCUCCAAGAGUUCUGAAGAUGUGCGGUGCAAGUGCAUCUGUCCUCCAUACAGGAACCUGACUGGCCACAUCUACAACAAGAAUAUCUCCCAGAAAGAUUGUAACUGCCUGCAUGUGGUGGAGCCCAUGCCAGUACCAGGCCGAGAUGUGGAGGCUUACUGUUUGCUGUGUGAGUGUAAAUAUGAAGAAAGAAGCACCACUACAAUCAAGGUAACAAUCAUCAUUUACCUGACUGUGGUUGGAGCGCUCCUUGUGUACAUGGCAUUCCUGAUGAUAGUGGAUCCACUAAUACGUAAACCGGACUCGUAUAUUCAACCACUGCACAAUGAAGAAGACACUGAGGACACACGACCAUUCACUCCAUCUCACGGGCAAGCCCGUGCCAACACUGUCCUCGAGAGGGUGGAGGGAGCGCAGCAGCGAUGGAAGCGUCAGGUGCAGGAGCAGCGAAAGACCGUCUUCGACCGACAUAAGAUGCUGAGUUAAACGGGACCUCUUUCAACUCACCGUGAUUCAGGCCUAGUCAUGUUUCCACUUUGAAGCAUGAAAGUUGGUGUUCAUUCUGAAAACUUAAUUCUGUCUCCCAGCUUUAUUUUAAGUAGUCCAGUUGUAUGUAUCAAACAUCAAAGUGAAGCAUUAAAUAAUUUGCAUAGUAUUCCCUUUGAGGAUGUGUCUCUGUAAGGUGAUUCCCCUAAUGACCCUUUUAAAUGUGGCUCCCUAAUUAAACGUUCAAAAGAUUAAAAGUCUGCACAUAUAAGAAAGCUUUGGCAACAAAAUAUGUAAUAAAGCUUCAGUGACAAAACACAGUCCAAAUUCCCCCUUGUUUUUUUUCUCUCAUAAAAGGUUGAAUUAUCAUACGCAAUCCCUCUCUACUGAUGAUGUGAAUUGCCCACACCCUUCACCUCAUUCACGUUGUAAUCAGAAGAGAGCUUCUUGAUCUUGUCUCCCAAGGUGCCUCCUCUUACAGCUCAGAGUAAUCGAACACCAGGAAAAGAAAAGCUAAGCUACAGCAGUAAGUGUACAGAUCUCGCUCUUUCUUUCUCUCUGUCUCUCUUCCUAUCUCUCCCAUUUACAUAAUGCUGCGUUAAAUCAAUAUAAGUUACUUCCCCAUUAAACAGUUCAAUAAUCCUGGAACUUUCGUCAUUGAAACAACUUUCUCUUCCAUACCUUUGUCACUGUAAGGUGACUGGGAUUUCCAUUUGGUCUUUCCACUGGAAGUGUCCUAAGUAAAGUAAAUUGCAGGAUGUUAUGUCAGAAAUGGGAACUAAGCUGGAUCACUGUAAAACGCAGAUGGUGUUUUCUCAGGAGCUGCAAGUGUCUCAGUGAUGCAAGGUUUUAUAACUGUACAUGUCAUUCCAUCGUUAAUUAGCGAGGUUUGUGGUGUCCCAAUGCUGAACACCACAGGUUGCUUCAUGUUUUUUCUGGUUAACCUUUAAUUAUCUUUCUAAAUGCGAAGCCAAAAUUCAGAGCUCUUCAUUUUAUCCUUGAUUCAUUGCAUUUCAAAAAAAUUGAAGUGUUUUGUUUCUUUGGGAAUUUGUUUUAAAGAAUUGUUUUGUGCUGAAUGUGUUGAGGUGCAAUCCAUGAACACUUAGUAUGAGAUGUCACAGUCUUUGAUUAAAGGACUACUGAUCUCAUGGAAUUUCUGCUUAUUAAGAAACAUUACCCAAAUGCAUAAAAAUUAGUCAUCAACUCUCUAUCCUCUAGGAAAGUACACAAUAUAAUAUGAUCAUCAUGCUAGAGUGUCAGUGUUCUACUGUUGGAGUUUAAAUGUCAUCUGUAUGAUAGUGACAGCAACCUGGUGAGUUAAGUGCUUUUCAGCCUUUUCAAAAGAACUGCCCUUGAGCUAGUUGGCAAGGGGAAUUCUAGAACAGUUGACAGGGGGAUAUCUGGAACUGUUGGCUAAGGACUUUGAAUUUGACCAUCUUACUGAACAUCUCCACAUGAGAAUGUGCCCAAUGUUGAAUUUUGAAAUAGUCAAAGUCGAAGUUGAGUUUAUUGUCAUGUGCACAAGUACAUGUAUGCACAGGUGCAAUGAAAAACUUACUUGCAGCAGCAUCACAGGCACAUAGCAGCAGAUACACGAUGAUCACAAGAAAAACAUAAGUUAAACUUAAAUUAUACACAAUUUUUACGGAAAAGAACACAAUUAGAAAAAAAAGCAAAAUCCUUUGCAGUGCAAAGUGGUCAUAGUGUUGCUAUACCGAGGUAGUGAUUAGGGUUGUGCAGAUUGGUUCAAGAAUUGAAAGGUUGAUGGGAAGUAGCUGUUCUUGAACCUGGUGGUGUGGGACUUCAGGCUUCUGUAUCUCCUGCCUGAUAGUAGCUGUGAGAAGGUGGCAUGGCCGGGAUGUUGGGGAUCUUUGAUGAUAGAUUAUGCCUUUGAAGAGUUUCUUGAUAUAAACUUACUUUAUAGCUUCCCUUGUGUUUAUGUACAGUAACUGGCUGUGGCUGUGAAGCUGCAGAAAACAUUUUUAUUCGGAGGUGACAUUUAAACAGCAAAACUCUGACACACUAGUAUGAUGAUAAUAUUAUAUUAUGUCCCUUUGUAUGGGACAGGGAGUUGUUGACUCACUAAAUAUGGUUACCUCUAUUAUGUCAUAGAAUUUCUCAUUUGUAUAAUAGCUUGAAAGACAGGCUGAGUCCUUUUAGAUAAGCUGACAUUGUUCAGUAUAUCUUGAAAUGAUUUAAUAUUCUUUCUGGCAAGCAGCCAAUGAAACCUAGCAUAAAGUUAAUUUUAGCCAAAGAAUAUAUGGAAACCACGAGGAUCAAGCUCUGAACUUAUAGUGAACUUGACAGACAGCAGUCAAUCAUUUUUGUUAUGUGGCGCUUUGAAUGUGUAUUAACACGGAUGACUAUAGCAGAUGUCACUGCACAAUGAAAUGCAGAUUUAUUGCACAAUUAAAUGGUUGGACACUACUCAUCUCUGCUGUUUCUGCAUAGUAAGUCCCCAACACCGUGAGCUUGCUUGGAAUAGAGCAUCAUUGGUUAAAGUUUGACGAAUAAAUCAAGUAUCUGCUCUUAGUUGGUAAGUCACAUACUGUAGCUAAAAGCAAGACAGGGCAAAAAAAGUAAUCAUUAGCCCACUUAUUAUUGAAGUUCAGUUGCACCCCCAUUAAAGUCUUCCAAUUUGAGCAUGUAUGGAAAAUAACUAACCUAAUAUGUUUUAACUAGGCAGUCUAAUAACUUUGACAGGUUAUAUUCAUAUUGAACAGACUGUUGUCAGAUAAUCUAGACCAAGAGAAGGGAAAUUUCUGUCCUGUGUCAAAUAUUAUAUCAGCCUUUCCAAGGCUAAAAUGCUGGUGUGUUGCGAGGAGAUUCAGUGGGUCAGUCAGCUGUUAGUAAGGGGACCUAGUUGGAAUCCAUCAAAUGUACUUUCACUCAUCAGAGGUGUGUUUGAUUUUAUCUCAAUGAAGUCCAGUUCAAUGAGAAAAGACAGGAGUUGGAGCUUGAGCGGAGUAUAAAUACUGGCAUGGAUUGAUUGGGAUGAACGUCCUGCUUCUGUGUCGUACAUGCAAUGUGAUCCAGUGGAAGGUGAAGUAGUCUAGUAGGGAGGUAAGAUGCAUUGAUGUGGAGAAGUGGUGAUGGUGACAGGAACCUAGUGAGUUAUGUGCUUUUCAAUCUUUUCAAAAUAAUUUCCCUUGAGCUAGUUGGCAUGGGGAAUUCAGGAACUGUUGACCAAGGACUUUGAUAUGUUAAAUCUUUUAAUCUCGUCUCAGUUUGGCAUUGUUAUUUCCAUCAAAUCCUCCAGCUCUUUGAUCAUACCUUGUCAGUAGGGCUAGAGUUACUAGUUUUGUGAUCGUACUUGUCAUGUAUUCAAAUCCUUGGAAUCAGUAAUCAGUUUUCAAUCUAUUUCUAGUGCCAGACCUUUUCACCUCUUUGAGGUAAGGGAAGGGAGAGGAGGUAGAAGUCACAAUUGUUUCUAUCACUCUCCAGUGCAAUCUCACUUAAAUUCUGAAAGACAUUGAAGUGCAUUGCAGCCCUACCCUUUCAGGUUGAGUCUGGUGAAUCCUUUGGUAAACAAGUAGUUGCUGAAACAUUGAAGGAGCAUCAUCCAUUUUAAAAGUAGAUGUGCCUCUUUCACCACAGUAAUGUCCUGACUGUUCUAUGUUUAUAAAGACCAUCAAGCAGUCAGGACCAAGUUGUGUAUCACAACUGCCGAAGGUUUCUGUGUUGCAGUUUUGCAAGUAAAUUAAGGUAGUUCACACAUUGUUUUCUGAAUUUUUGCACAACAUAUUUUGGAGCACAAUGUAGAAAUAGAGACUUUGUUGUCUUUUGUAGCUGUGAUGGCUUCAGGGAUCUUCAUGCUAAAGUAGAAGUUUGGGGGUGGGCAACAAUUAACCUGAGAACUUUAAGCAAUAUUUACUUUUCCAUUCUCUAGAGCUGUAUAUUUGAAAAUCAAUUGGAGACUAUUUAUAUUACACACUUAAACAUCCAGACAUCCUGAUGUCUGUGAUACUACUUACUGAAUCAUCAUUUACAGAUGUUGGUAAGCAAAUCUAACAUUGAGCAUUCCAGCAGCUAGUCCAGGCAUUGAGAGAUGUUUAAUAUGUGGGUCAACUUGCAUUUUUUGUUCAAUACCAGAGUUUGCAAGCUCAGUUUUAAUUCCUCCUGCUCACUUUCCUCUGAAGAUCAAAUUAUCCAUCAUCUGCAGAAUGUGUUCAGUAAACCCGGUGCAAAAUUAAACAACACUUCAUUGCUAUCUGAAAUUCAAAGCUGGCUUAAUGACACAAAGUAUGAGGAUUUGCUUGGCUUUGUUAGUUUUUUUAAGUAAUUAGAUGACUUCAUGCAGUGACAGUUAAUUAAUGCCUGCAUAAUCACCACACUUCGAAAGCAAUUGCUUUGUGAUGUUUCAAUGUGAUAGUGUUGUAUAUAUUAAAGUAUUAAUUUACA